AGCUAUUCUUCUCCACACCUUGCACUUACAUCUUUCGCAUCAAAAAGUACGACCCACGGAUACAGAACAUGGCGAUCGAUAAAAUUAUUACCGACCCAAGGCUUUGCGCAGUCUUGCAGAUUUCAGACCAGGCACGCGACCAGGCUGGCGCACUCCUUAGUCUGGGUGAACAAUCAUGCAGCGAAGGACCUCCAUCAGCAGAAGCGCAAGCUGAAAUCGCCAAGCAGCAAAAACUCCUUUUCACAACCAUGGCGCAUCUGAAAGGACUGCACCGAAACGUCUGUUUCUCCGCCCGUGAGACCAAGUCCCAGACUGCCGAGUCGCGUCAAGAAGUCGACCGCCUGCAUCUCCAGCUUCAGAAUCUGUAUUACGAACAACGACACCUCCAAGGAGAGAUUACCGCAUGCGAAUCAUACGACCACAAAUACCAACAAUUGCCUCUUAUCCCUGUCGAGGAAUUCCUUGCCCAACACCCCGAACACGAGAAUGACGACGAGAAUACAUUGAUGGUUGCGCGCAUAGAUCACGAACGGUCUGAGCGUGAAGCUCUGGAGCAACAGCGACAGGAGCUGCUUAAGCGAAAGCAGAAGCUGAUUGCGGACAACAAAAGAAGGAAGGAUGACCUUGCCAACUUGGAUAAUGAUUUGGAAAAAUUCAUUGAUGCUGCCAAACCGAUUCAGAAGCUGUUUGAAAAGGCGCCCUAAACAGCGACUUUCUUGGAGGACAUGCAGAACUACCUUAUGGUGGUUUUCGCCGAGUAUACGCUUCUGAGCCAGUCUUGAGCUGACAUCACGACGUUAGGGGAAACGCGUGAGUGUUGGAUAUUGAAGCUCAGGUUGCAAACUUAAUCGAAAUCACCUGCAGAAUUACAGGCUGGCAUAAGGCGUUUAUGGAACUGAACGAAACCGCAAGGGAAGGCUUUACCACGAAGGGUAACGUUAUAAGACUUCCUAAACAUAAGACACCCAUUAAAAGAGAAGUCGGCAAAAAUCGGCAAGUAUUCCCAUCGAAUCUCGACCUGCGUUAGUCCGAGGGUUCUGCUUUUCGCGAAAAGGGCUACUGGGCAGUUGGCAUGCUUUGAUCUUUUAUGGGAACCCUUGGUCUUUCAGUUACAGGUUCAAGCGAAGACUGUUUUCAGUAUCCAAGUGUGAUAUGGCCGCCCUGACCUGCGUUUGCUACAAGCGCGACAUAUGUCUCAGAAUUGAUAGCCAACUUGAUUAGAACAACAAAAACAACAGCACCACGACUGCGAUUUUGAUCCUACACCGAUACAGAACUUAAUGUUCAUUUUCCGUUCAUACCACAAGCAAACUAUGCCCUAUGUCUCAUCUCAGUUGAGUAGGAGCCCAGGGAACAAGACACCUCGGACGUCAAAUUUUUUGUCAUUUAGGAUAGAGGUCUAAGCUAGCUUCUGGCUAUCCGAAAAUUCACAUGGGUGGGCUUCCGAAAAUGCAAGGGAUCCAAUCACUUAACCCCGUGGGCCAAUGAUGGUCAUGCACAACCACGUCGACUAACAAGUUCGUCGAAUUGGAUGCCUGCUACAACCAAUAGAUCACAAACCGCUCGGGUAGAUCUUCAAACCACAAUCACCAGCCGUGGUCGAACUCCUACCCGUGACCGGACUUCGACCCAUAGGUAUCUGGCGGGAUCCUCAACCACUGGUAACGGCGCGUGUUGGGGUUACGGCUUGCGAUUGACACGGGUUUCUCAGGCUAUCAUUCAAGACCAAGGAAAUGUCACAAUGGUCACACAACCACUAGAAAGUUGAGCGAGCCUCGUGGACACAGCCUCGAGCCAGUCAAAAUUGCCGCAUAUCAACGUUGUCGGACAGGCAUCAACCAAAGGGCGAAGCGUCUUGCAUCUAGCCCGUCACUCUUCAUCUCAGUUUCCAUUGAGACCUUGAGCAAGCAACAAUCGAUGCCCAAGCCGAUCAGUGGUCUUCGAUGUAGAACUGACACAGUACGUGGUUUCUGAGACAAAUCGAGGGUGCCAAAUCUUGUCAUGGGGUAUACAUAUCGCCAUGACACCGACCAAGAGCAACUAGACCUUACGACGGUCAACUUUGGGUUGGUGAGAAGCAGCAGGACUCUCAUCUGACCACAGUGACCUGAGCCCUUGCGUGCAGGUCAGGUUUUGAUUCGUGUCAACAGAGUCUUUGGAUUUCGGGCAGAGCAUUGCCAUGAAACCGCAUAGAGAUGAAUGAACAAGUACAUGGAUUAGAGACGAGAACUUGCCAGGGGCUCUGGAUCCAGAAGUGUCACACUUUCUAAAUAAUGUCAUUUCUGAUCCCAGUGCUUGCUCCGUGUUAACGUCAAGUACCUGGGUUUGAGAUGUUGAAGUCGGUCAUUGAGCUUCAUGGGUGGCUUGAAUCAUAUGAGUCUACAUGGUCGAAAACGACUGAGUGCAAUACAUCUCAGCACCGAAGAUAUCUCUGGCUUGGAGCCUUUGAGGUCCAUGACUUCUGUAUCUGCAUCACGGUGAUUGGGAACAGGAAGUAUGGUAUCUUCAUUAUGUCAUGGGCAUUUGUUCGCUUGUGAGUGGCUAAAGAUAAUCCUGAGCCAAAGUCUAGGGUCCGAUUUGGAUCCACUUGCCAUGAUUCAUUAAUGCUUAGCAGAAGUAUAGUUAAUGGGCUUGUUUGCUAAGUCUCAUUAGCUUAGUAUUGGACUAAAGCAACCACGUUGAC